AUGUCAACACAGUGCAUUGCAAAGAGUCCUCGUGGUUGCUCGGCAAAUUUUAUGGUACACAACGAUUCGCCAUCAUUAAGUUUAUCAAUAUCCAACAACAGCACCACCACUACUAGUAAUAAUAACACAUCAACAACAGGUGGAAGAAAGGUAAGAGUUGCCUCUCGUAUCCGACCUCUUCUGCCCAGUGAAGUUGAAAAAUCAGGCUUUCAAACAUGUCGUGUUGGCAAAUCAGAACAACAACAACAACAAUCAUUGAACAAUAUAGUGUACAUGAAGGAUCCAAGAAAUCCUGGCGAUGAAAUUCGUUUUGAAUUCGAUGCCACCUAUGAUGAAUCCUCCACACAAGAUGAAAUCUUCCAAAACGAAAUAAUACCAAUAGUGGACACUCUCUUUGAUGGUUUUAAUACAACAGUGUUUUGCUAUGGUAUGACUGGAAGUGGUAAAACUCACACCAUGCAGGGUGGUGAAACUUUGGAAAAUAUGGGCCUUAUUCCUCGAACAGUACAACAAUUAUUAUUUGAAGUGGAAAGGAGAAAGGGCCCAGAUAGUUCUGCUCCACUCUGUAAAUUAUCUGUUUCCUACUUGGAGAUUUAUAACGAGAAGGUCUUUGACUUGUUGGUUUCUUCGAAAGAUUCAACCACAUCUCUUGGAAAGGAUUUACCUCUCCAUGAAGAUAAGAGUAAGAAUAUUAUUGUUAAGGGACUAACUAUCAAAUCAAUAACGUCCUAUGAUGGAUUUUGUGAGGAAUUUUAUCAAGUGGGUAUGAAGAAUAGGAAGGUUGCCUCAACGAAACUCAACGUGCAAUCUUCUCGAUCUCAUGCUAUUUUAACACUUACUGUGAAAAAUAAGGAUCCUAGAUCAGGUCAAUGGCUCACUGGUAAGAUUAAUUUAAUAGAUUUGGCUGGUUCUGAAGAUAAUAGAAAGACUGGUAAUACUGGUGCUAGGUUGGCAGAAUCGAGUAGUAUCAAUACAUCCUUAUUCAGCUUGAGAAAGGUUGUAGAUCAAUUAAAUUCCAAGAAUCAAAAGGUUUCGUAUCGUGACAGCAAACUUACACGAUUGUUACAAGAUUCUCUCGGUGGAUCUUCUCAAGCAAUCAUGGUUGUCAAUGUUUCUCCAUUUACUGAACACUAUGUAGAUACUCACAAAUCCCUGAGAUUUGGUAUGAAAUCACAAUCCAUUGUAAAUAAGCCUGUGAUAAAUGCCAGCUACUUUGAAAAUGAGGAAGAAAGAAAAGCCUUGGAAAAUAUGGCAAACAUAGGAUAUGGAGCUGAUAAGGAUACACAAUUGAAACUUUUGCAAUUGGAAAAGGAAAAAUUAAUGUCGCAAAAGAAGAUUGGAGUCACCUCCACAUCUAAAUCUCUGUCUGGAGCUGAUUAUAUUAACCAAAUGAUGCUUUUAGCUCCAAACAAUUUUGCAACAAAAGAAGACUUGGAGAAGGCACAAGAAGAUUUGAAACAAGGCAUUUUGAAUCCAAUUUUGAAGAGGAGUAUUUCGUUGCAAGAUGAGAUUUUGGAUAGAUUGGCCAAGUUGGAACAUUUGGCACUUACAGGAGCUUCGAAUACUUCAUCUAAUACAAUGGUCAGUUCUGAUGGUUCAGAUUUUAUGGACAUGAAGAGAAAAUUGAGUGCCAUGUUAAAUGAUUUAGACGAGAUUACUCCAUCCAAAUCAACUAGCUCAACUCCUAGCUCUGCUAAGAGUGUUGGUUCAACUCCACUCACUUCCACAAAGAAGAGCUCCUCUACCCCAAUGAGUGUCAAGACAAUGAAUUCGCUCCCAACUCCACCUCUCUUCCAAAAGCAAUCAACAACUACUCCUAAACCAACAACCUCUUCAUUCCAAGCUCCAAAGUCCUCAAACAAGAAGGACUCAAGAACACCAGAGAUUGUAAUGAGCAAAGUGAUAUCUGUAUCUACUACCACUACACCUUUGGCUAAGACUUUCAAAGCAACAUCGUCCAACAGAGCUCCACUCUCUACUCUUAAUACCAACACUAUGAAUUCGACACCAUCAUUUGCCAACAAGCAAUUAGGAAAGGAAAAUCAAGUUCCUUCCACACCUAGCAACAAUACACCAUCACUAGCUGCAUCUAAGACAACCUCACUCUCUAAGAUAAACACCAAGUCAACCUUAAACCUGAGUGCACAAAGAAAAGUACCAUCACCUCAAACAUUGUCAGAUCAAAAACCAAAAACUAAUUUAUCUAAUCAAAAACCUAAUCAUGUAAAUAACAAAACUCCAACAAGAAAUCAAAGGUUAAAGAGCUUGCAAUCAAGAGGUAUUACUAAGCCAGGUUCGUCAACUAAGUCAACCCUUCCAGAGUUGGAUCUUUCAGCAAUUUCCCCAAUCAAGGAGAAGGAUAUUACACUCUUCCCUGUUGAUGAUUUCCACACUAUAUUGGGAGGUUUGGAGAAUGUUACAACAGAUGAUUUAUUCGAAAAGAAGAAUAACGAAUUGUCGACAUCAACUGCAGUUCAACCAAUCAUUAUUACUCCUUCACCAUUACUUGAAAAGAUCACAACAGAGACUACACUUCCUAAACCUGUUAAAAUACAACCAGUACAACCAUUGGAAGGAAUUAUCUUUGAUCCUAAAAUCGAAGAAUCCAUCAUUUACACCAAGACCAAUGUACCUUCUCCUGUAAAGGAAAAGCCAAAGACAAGACAAGCUACCAAGAAGAAUACUGCUCCAAAAAGAAAGAGAUCUUCAGCAGAAGAUUCUGAUUCUGAAAAUGAACAAGAAGAGCAAGUGGAAGAAGAGGAGAAAAAGAAUAGUUUUGUGCCAAAGGCCGUCAGAAGAGGAAAGAAACCAAAGCAGGAAGCUGGUGCAGUAUUCUUCGAUAAUGCAGCUCUUCUGGAGAUUAGCACUUUUGCCAUUAACAAGUCCAUGGAUUUGACAUUGGAUUCUGGAAGAAUGUUGACGAAAGAGGACAAACUGGCUCUUGCAAGAAAUCACAUUAAGGAAGCAGCCAUUUUAAAGAAGGAAGGUAAUGAGAGAGGUUCUUUGGAACUCUUGGAAAAGGCUCUUGCUCUUCUCCCAACAAAUGAAAAACUCCAACGAAAGGUUGAAAAGUUGAAGAGAAGAAUCAAGAAUGAAGAAAGAACCAAGGCACUUUACAAAGAUGAAGAAGAGGAGAAACAAGUUAACAACGACAAGAUGGUCGAUGAAGAUGAAGAAGAGGAGAAACCAAAGAAAAAGACAGCAACAAAAUCCAAACCAGCAUCUUUAAAGAGUAGCUCAACUGCUGAAAAGAUAUUGGAAUAUAUCAAUGAUGAAUCAAAUGAAGUUAAAGAAUUGAAGAGGCUUGUCACUAUUGGUGAUAAAAAGGCUGAAAAGAUUAUCGAACACAGACCAUUCAAAUCCAUUAACGAGCUCACCAAAAUUGGUAUUGGUGAAAAGAGCAUUCCAGGAUUUGUUGAAAAGAAUGAAAAAGUAAUUGAUGAUUUGGUCGAGUGAGGAACUAGCCAAAAUAAAUUUACUUUUC